UACUCGAGCAUUUGUAAAAAAAAAAAAAACUUUUUAAAAUUUAUAGUAUUAGAAAUUUAUCCAUAAGGACCAUAACAUUAAAAUGAUUUUUAUAAAUUAACUUUAUUAUCUAUCCUAUCAAAAAUUUUGAUAUCAAACUAUUAUGUAGUAGGCUAAACUAUUAUUCUAUCAAGUUUUGGUAUAUUAGUUUGAAUGAAUUUUGUAGCGGUACGAGUAACUGCUAAUUCGUUUAUCACUUGGCUUAUAUAUGUGUGGUUAUAUACUUAUAGAGGUGUUUGGGACAUGAUUAUACAAAGGUCCAUAUAAUUCUUCUACUUCAUUUUCGGUUCGUUUCACAGAGGCAAUAUUGGUCAGAAGUUUCGUUUUUUUUUUCUUGAUGCCCGUAAGGUGUUCGAUAUAAUUCCGCAGAGAGAGUGGGUAUUACAGCAACGUUGUCGAACGCGGGAACCCAAGAUAGCUCCAUAAACUCUUUGAGAUAGUAUGAGGUUCCUCCUCAUGAGAUCAAUUCUGAUUCACCCUUGUGGUGGCUCCAUCAUCAAUGCCCGAUCAACGACUACCUCUGCUCAAUAUGUAGCUUCCAGAUCAAGAGACCCUGUUUUCGAGAAGCUCAUGGACAAAUACAAGAACCUUCUCAAGGUCAUUGCCAUACAAGACCUUAUCCUCGCCAAUCCAACAGCUGAUCCUCCCUCUCUAUCCAUUGACUUUCUCUCCAGGCUCUCCCAGAAGCUCCACCUUAACCGUGGCGCCGCUUCUUUUUUAAGAAAAUAUCCUCACAUCUUUCAUGUCUUGUAUGAUCCUGUGAAAGCUGAGCCCUUUUGCAGGUUAACUGAUGUAGCCUUGGAGAUUUCUCGCCAAGAGGCUUUGGCUAUCACUGCUACUCUGUCUCUUGUUGUUGACCGGUUGGUUAGGCUCUUGUCUAUGUCCAUAUCAAAGUCCAUCCCGCUUCGUGCGGUUUUCAAGGUUUGGAGAGAACUUGGGCUCCCAGAUGAUUUUGAGGACUCUGUGAUAUCAAAGAACCCUCAUCUUUUUAAGCUUAGUGAUGGUCAUGAACCCAAUACCCAUAUCUUAGAGCUGGUUCAAGAAGAAGAUAAAAGACUGGAAUUUGAGGCCGCGGUUGAGAAAUGGAGGGUGGUUGAGUGUUCUAAGGAGGACUGCUGUGUCGAGAGAACUGAACUCCAGUUUAGUUUCAAACAUAGUUACCCACCAGGAAUGAGACUGAGCAAGACCUUUAAGGCUAAAGUUAAGGAAUGGCAGAGGCUGCCUUAUGUAGGGCCAUACGAGGACAUGGCUGGUAAGAAAAAGAACAGAUCCGGAGUGAUGGGAAUAGAGAAAAGAGCGGUUGCGAUUGCUCACGAGUUUCUCAGUCUGACUGUAGAGAAGAUGGUGGAGGUAGAGAAGAUCAGCCAUUUCAGAAAAUGUUUUGGGAUUGAUUUGAACAUAAGAGAUUUGUUCUUAGAUCACCCGGGCAUGUUUUAUAUGUCAACUAAAGGGAAAAGACACACUGUGUUUCUCAGAGAGGCUUAUGAAAGAGGACGUUUGAUAGAUCCAAAUCCUGUUUACGACGCGAGGAGGAAGCUUCUUGACCUUGUUCUCUUGGGACGCCAUGCUGCGUUAUCAGAAUCUGGGAGCACUAGUAUGUGUGAACAAGAAUGAAUUCAGAUGAGUCUAAGCUAUGCAAUCUUCCAUAUCACAACCUGUGAGGUGUAUGAGACACUUGACACUUGAGUGAUGAGAUCCACCAGAGAGAUGAGAUCCACCAAGAAUCAGGUAAUCUUGAACAUCUCUAGCUGCAUAGCCAUUGAGGAAAGACAGUAUAAGAUAAGCAUUGUUUCUGUGGCGUUUGUCCGAUUUUCGGAUUAAUUGUCUUGCUCACAAGCAAAAGCUCAAGAUAAUAAGUAAGCAGGAAAAGCGAGUGAGUUGAUGUAUAAGUGAGUACUUACUUGGAUCAAAAGUUGUAUACGAAACCAAUGUAGUAGUAAACUGUCUUUGUUGGUUAUGUCGACAGAAAGUUAGAAACUAGUAUCCAAACUCAAUACGUCUUCUUUCUUUGGAUUUUGCUUGGUUGCUAAUUGCUUCAUGUGGCUUUCCUUGUUCUACUAAAACUCUCAUUAUUUUUGUUGUUA